AUGAAAGAUCUUGGUGAGGCAUUCUUUGUUCUAGGUAUAGAGAUCCAUAGGGAUCGUACUAGAAGUGUUCUUGGGUUGUCGCAAAAGACUUAUAUUGAUAAGGUGCUAAGUAGAUUUGGCAUGCAAAAUUGUGCACCAGGAGAUACACUAGUGGCAAAAGGUGAUACAUUAGGUUUGCGCCAAUGUCCAUAUUUAGAUAUAGAGAAGAAAGAGAUGGAUAAAAUUCCAUACGCAUCAGUAGUGGGAAGUCUCAUGUAUGCACAAGUUUGUACGCGUCUAGAUAUUGCGUACAUAGUGGGAAUGUUGGGGCGAUAUUUAAGUAAUUCGAGAAUAGAUCAUUGGAAAGCUGCAAAACAGGUUAUGAGAUUUAUUGUCCAGCCAUGCCCUACUUCAUCAAAGAGCAGAUCAAAUAGGAAAAAACUGCCAGUUCUUUUUCUUUUGCUAGCAAUUGCAGUUGUAUUUGUUACUAUGGCCUUUGUGCUCCUAUGGAUAAGGUAUAGAAGAGUUAAAGUGUUCAACCUGCAACUGGAUGUGGCAUUCAAGAGCUUUGAUACGGAAUGUGAAGUUCUGCGCAACCUUCGCCAUAGGAAUCUCGCAAAAGUCAUUACUACUUGUUCCAACCUUGAUUUUAAGUCUUUAGUGCUUGAGUAUAUGCCAAAUGGAAGUCUUGAUAAGUAUUUGUAUUCACACUACUUCCUCGACAUCAGGCAGAGGCUAAGCAUAAUGCUAGAUGUGGCAUGUGCAUUGGAAUAUCUUCACCAUGGGUUCUUGUCGGCUGUGAUCCACUGUCAUCUGAAGCCUAGUAACGUCUUGCUGGAUGAGGAUAUGGUUGCCCACCUUAGCAACUUUGGCAUUUCAAAACUGCUUGGUGAAGAUCAGGGUGAUUUGUACACUAAAACCUUAGCAACAUUGGGGUAUAUUGCGCCAGAGUAUGGACUGGAAGGACUAGUGUCAACAAAGUGUGACGUCUAUAGUUAUGGGGUCAUGUUGCUGGAAAUAUUUACUAGGAGAAAGCCUAAUGAGUUUGAUGGAGAUCUUAGCUUGAAGCAAUGGGUGAGUUAUUCACUUCUUAGAGCAGUAAUGGAGGUCGUAGAUGGCAACUUGGUAACCCAAACAGGUAGUCACUUACAGAUGGAGCUAGAUGUUGUGGCAUCAAUAAUGAAAGUGGCAUUAGAUUGUUGUGCUGAAUCUCCGGUAAGAAGGACUAACAUGAAAGAUGUUGUAGGGAUACUACAGAAGAUCAAUAUUCAACUUCUUGCAUGCUAA